AAAUAUCAGAAUGCACUACAACAUUCUAGAACGCUCUGGCCUUCCUCUGUUCUCCCGCACCUUCGGGAGACCUCUUCGAACACCACCCUCCUCCCUACACAUUUGACAUUUCUAUAAAUCGAUAAAUCUGGCAGAAUAAUCAAUGAAUGAAUUACAGUGAAAUCGAAAAACUAAAACGCGAAAUUCAUCAAUGGUGAGAUCGUACAACCCGUUCGGAAACUACUUCCCCCAUUCAUCUCUCAACGGCUAUACGCCGGCUGCGAGUAGCUACCCCGUCCAUGAGGUUCAGAACAAGCAUGUCGAGGUUGCGCCGAAGCCGAAGGUCGUUCAGAUCCCGGUCCGAUUCGUCGGCUCCGACUCCGCCCGAUCCGCUUCGGCGUUGAAGAUCCAGAGAGCUUUUCGCGGGUUUCUGGUGAGGAGGAGCAUGAAUCGCAUCAUAUCUGCUCAGCGAGUGGUGGACGAAAUCGAGCGGAAGCUUUCGCAGCGUGAAACCGUGGAGCUGUUGAGGACCAACGAGAGGGAGAGGAUCCGCGUGAACGAGAACCUGAUGUCUCUUCUCUUCAAACUGGAUUCUGUUCGGGGGAUUUAUUCGGGAAUUAGGGAUUGCCGGAAGUCCGUCGCCAGAAAGGCCAUAGCUUUACAGGAGAGAAUCGACUCCAUUGUUAAUUCCAACAUUCAAACAGUAAACGAGGAAGAGAAUGUCGACAUGGAAUCCUCCGAGGUAUGUCACUCUUCUGAUUUGGAGCUACCUGAAUCCGUUGAACAAACAACAGUUAUCAACAAUUCGUCGGAGAAUGUGCUCGAAACUGGUAUCACUGCUGAAAAAUCAGAAAUUCCUGAUGGGAUUCAUGUGACUGAACCUGAAGAUAUUCAAGUUGAUGAACCUAAUUCACGUGAAAAUGAUGCCAAAUCUGAAUUCGACGACGAUUGCAGUGAGGGGAAGCCGAUGGGAGGGAUUGUUCCCGAAAUCACACCCCUUGAUGCAGUUAUGAGUGGAGGAGUGGAGCAGAGCGGCGGAAAGGACGUGGUUGAGACUAGCAAUGGGGAAGAUGAAAGCAAGAAAAACAGAGAAUUGCUGGAGAGGAUUAUGGAGGAGAAUGGAAAGAUGAUGAAUUUGAUGACACAGCUGUCUGAGAGGAAUGAAACUCAGAUGAUAAUGCUCGACGCUUUGACGCAGAGGGUGGAGCACUUGGAGAAAGCAUUCAUGUGCGAUAAGAUGAGAAGGAAGAAGAUAAAAAAGAUAAGGAGUAAUUAAUUUGACCUUUUUCUUAAUUAGCCGUGCGCUAAGACUUCAAACCUCGUUGUUGGUUGAAUUCUUCGCCGUAACUGAAUGUACUUCGUAAGUUCGUAUAAAUGUUUUCAUUUGACAAAAGGUCAAAUAUUUCUUGUUUACUUUCGUAAUUGAAAUUGAAAAAUAGCUCACGUUCUUGUAUUACUUUUUAAGUUCGUGGGCAAUUAGUAUAUGGUAACAAUUCCCAUACUUUUUUUAAAAAUGGUGCAUUUGAUUGGUCUAAA